CCGGGAGGUGGCGCGGGGCCGGCGGUUCUAGCAGUUUCCACGGGCGGUCGGAGCGGCGGCGGCGGUCCCGAUGGCCAAGUGGGGGGAGGGCGACCCGCGUUGGAUCGUGGAGCAGCGGGCGGACGCCACCAACGUCAACAACUGGCACUGGACUGAGCGGGACGCGUCCAACUGGUCCACGGAGCGGCUGAAGGCCCUCCUCCUGCCCGUCAGGGUGGAGGGCGAGGAGGGGGCCUGCGAGGUAACCGAAGUGAGCAAGCUGGACGGGGAGGCCUCCAUCAACAACCGCAAGGGAAAGCUCAUCUUCUUCUACGAGUGGGCCAUCAAGCUGGCCUGGACGGGCACCUCGACCACAGGAGUGAAAUACAAAGGUUACGUGGAGAUUCCUAAUCUCUCAGAUGAGAACGACGUUGAUGAAGUGGAGAUCCUUGUCAGCCUUGCUAAAGAUGAGCCUGACACUAACUUGAAGACCCUGAUGAAGCAAGAAGGUGCAAAAAAAAUCAGAGAUGCAAUAAAAACUUACAUUAGCACUCUCAAAACAGAAUUCACCCAGGGCAUGAUAUUGCCUACAGUGAAUGGUGAACAUAUGGAAGCAGCACCUCAAGUGGCACCUAAAGCAAAAGACAGCAAGACGACUGCUAGCACCAGUACUGCCACAGCACAGUCCAAGUCCAUAGGAGUCAAGAUCCCUACGUGUAAGAUCAGCUUGAAGGACACGUUCUUAACAUCUCCUGAGGAGCUCUACCGAGUGUUUGUUACUCAAGAGAUGGUCCAAGCUUUCACCCACGCACACGCAGCCCUGGAGGCUGAUAAAGGAGGCAAGUUUCAGUUGCUGGAUGGCAGUGUCACAGGAGAGUUUGUUGACCUAGUCCCUGAGAAGCAACUUGUUAUGAAAUGGAGAUUUAAGUCUUGGCCAGCUGGGCACUUUGCAACAAUUACCUUGAAUUUCACUGACAAAGGUGGUGAGACAGAGGUGUGCUUGGAAGGCAAGGGAAUUCCUGCCAGUGAGGAGGAGAGAACAAAGCAAGGCUGGCAGCGCUACUACUUUGAGGGCAUUAAACAGACAUUUGGCUAUGGUGCCCGCUUGUUUUAAUAAUGGUUGUUGGAAAGACAAUGCCUGAAGACUCUGCCACGUGGACUGAUACAUUUCUCACCUCUCCCUUUCUAAUCUUGGCCCUGCUGCUGGGUAGAGUGGGAUGAUAGGUGAUGAGGAAAGCCAUUGAGCAGCACCACUUUCAGUCCCUCACUGCUUCAUGCAUGUCUCGUGCUGCAGGGGAUUCUCUUACAUGUACAUACUUCUAUUGCUAAAUAAACCUAACUUAAAAAAAAAAACACCGCGUACUUGUGUCCUCAGAUGGGCUUAAGUUCAAAGGUUUAGUGGCCAGACUGAGGGAGGGAUCCGUCUGGAAAUACACUGAUCAAUGAGGAUUGUUGAUCCCAAUGUGAUUUACUUCUCAUUUCUGGAUGCACAGAGGGCAUGAGCUUGGUGCAGUUUUUAGUUUGAGCAGCUGCUUGUUUUCUUUCUGCUUUUGAUCUGCUAAUAAAUGUUUCAAACCCUUGCCAUUUUUGAAGGGAUCUAAGAUCCUGUCAAAGCCAUGCCUCUCCUCCCUUGCAUAUCCCUCUCUUUACAUAAUCCUUUCAUGUACUUACACCAGCCUCUACUAUAGGAAUGCCAAUCAUUUAGUCACCCAGUGUCCAAGAAAAUCAGCAGACCACUGCUGGGGAAACUCCCACCUAAAAGAUGGUUCUAGCAAGGGUCAGCUACUUCCAAGAGCUUCAGGCCAAAACAAACUUAGUGUCUCAGUGGGGGUGGAUUUAUUCCCCUAAAAUAAACAAGGUGCAAUUCUUUUGGCUGACCCCACUUCAGCUGUUGCUUCUGUGGGGGGGAGGAAGAGAAAACUGCUGGCUUGUUCUCUUCUGCUGGUAGUGUCUUCUGAAGUGCAUAACCAGGUCUUGGGAAAAGGGAGAUGAAUUCUGCUUGGAAGUGUCAAUGUAAAAUCAGUAGGGUGACUUUUUCUUGCAUUAUCCUGAAGUGAUUAUUUAUGGUAUAGUGCUUAGGAAUAUCAAGAGUGUGGUAGGAAUUUUAUAUGACUGAAAAGGAAGUUGUAGGAAGGACCAAUCACUUGUACAUAGGGUAAGACUUCCCUGCAUCCAUGUUCCCUCACUGUACUCUUCAAGGUCAUCUGGCUGAGAAAGGUGCUGGAAGUAUUUUCCUGGGAUUCAUGUGCAUGGGUGAGCUACUGUAAGUGUCUUGCAGGAUGCAGGAGGCUGACAUUGUAUACAUGCACUGAUGUUACUGCACAGCAUGUGUUUGUUUUUAGACAAUCCUGGGCUGAAACAUGGGAAAUGUGAAACCUCUGUGAACAUACUAGCCCAGAUAAGAUGAGAGCUUUGAUAAGAGAAGAGCCAAAUUUUUUGAAAAUGGAAGAUAAGCUCAUUCUGAGUUAACUUGAACCAACCCAACACCUGAACUGUGCUGUACUGGCAGUGCUUGGCCUGCUGACCACGCUGUGGCAGCAGUGCUGCUGUCUGCGUAGCCUCACUGGCACAGCUGAGCAAGGGCCGCAGAAGGCAGGCUGAGCUAAUCACCUGCUGCUGGAAAACUAGGAAGUGGAACAGGAAGGCAGCUGAACUGGAAUUUUAAUUGCCUUCCUUUCAUCACAAACUUUGGGCAUCCUGCUGCUACUCUGAAUAGGACACGCUUUGGCCUCAGCCAGCAGCCUGUGAGCAAGAGGCUCUCAGGCUCUGGGUUUCGCUCAAAGGCUGCCUGAGGGCAUGUCAUACAGCCGUAAGUUAUGCCAGUGCUGCCCCAGCUGGCUCCAUGCCCCUUGUGCUGGCAACCCCCACGGGACAGGUAGCCAGGCUGGGGCUGCUCUUCACAAUAUAGUGCAUGAAAUUCAUCCACUCCUGAAGGAAAAUUGGUGCUAAAAUGCCAGGCUCGGAGCUAGCACUUAGGCCAAGAGACAAAAGGUAUCAGGAUAUACUUACUGUGAUGGGGCAUAGUAGUGGCAAUGCCUUACAGUACUGCUGUGGAGCCUCACUUUACUUCAUGUUGGUCAAAGUCUGCCUGUUCUCAGCAAAGCAUCCACCUGUCCAUCUAAAGGUGACAUCUGGUGCAGCCAUACAGAUGCUAAUGAGGUGCCCCAGACCUUUGCUUUGCUUGGAAGCAUUAGGAGAUCUGGACACAGUUUGCAGACCCUCAGCUAUUUGGGGAGGGAGAGGUAUGUAAGAUGAGAAAGAAAAGCAACUUCAUAUUCCUGUGCCAAGACGGUCUUCAAGAAUCUCAAAUGACACAAGCUAAGAGGGAAAGGCUUGUGAAUGAAAAAAAAAAUCCAACAACAAAAAACAAUAGUGAAACAACCAGAAAACGUAACUAAGCAGUGAAUUUUUCACAGCAAUGAGACAUCAGAGAUAGAUGUUAAAGUUUAGAGUUUAAAAUAUUCUUGACAAAAUUGAAAAGCGAUUCAGGAGAAAACACAUGCGCAUUUGACCUUAUUGAAUUGCAAAGCUUUGCACUGGGGCAGGAACAACCAGUAACACGCAUACACAGGGAAAUGACAGGCUUGGAACACAUUUGUGAAAGACAUUUAAGAUAGGUGGGUUAUAGUGAAUUCUCAAAUGAAAAUAAAUUUCAAUAAUGACAAAAGAGGAAAAAAAGCUGCCCAAGCAGGUCUGUGGGCUCUGUGAAGAAAUCUUUCCAUAGAGCAUUAAGAUAGCUCCAGCUCCACAGCUUUGUUCUGAGCCUGCACAUAUCAAGACAGACGUAGCUUACAUGGAGAAAGUCCAGCGGUGGGCAACAAGAAUGAGUGCAGCUUCUGAGGAAAACCUGACAGACAGCAUUUGUUUAGUCUGGAGAUGAGAAGAUAGAGGAGCGAGGCAGGGAAAGAGGGAUUGCAGUGAUAAAAGUCUGCAAAUAUGUGAGAAGUAGGAGCAAAUAAGGAAAUAAUAUGCUCUCUGUGACCACUGCAGAUAAGAUGCACCAGGCUUAAAACCUAAAGGAUUUAGGUUGGCUGCUAGGAAAAUGUGAGAACAGUAAAUCUGAGGAAUACAGCGACCUCUCCAUCUCUGGAGAGUUUUAAGACCAGGAGAGAGGGCCCAUUGGUGAGAGAUGAUUUACCCACAUCCCCAUGGCAGAGCCAUGUGAUUUUAGGAGGUCCCAUAAUAAUCCAUUAUCUGUGAUCCACCACUCCAGGUGCAAAGGCCUUUCUCCUGCCACAUCAGAGGCCCUAUGGUGGUCCCACAAAUGCUGCUCAGCUCCCAGAGCCAGUGCCUGCAGGACAGCCCAGCAGGGUCUGCUGGAGUAGGGUGUGCUGCUGGGGAUCAGACCACCUGGGGGACUUUGUGUGGGGCCUGGCAAGGUUGGGCUGUGGUCCCUACUGUGAGGCCCCAUGCUGGGUUAGGAGAAUAGCUGACAUACCUUCAACAAAGCAGGGGCCAGGCCCUGCCAGCUGGGCUCAUCUCCGGCACUUCUGAGGGGCAGCUGGAUGCUGCCUGGCAGGGGAAGAAGGGCAAGAAAUUCUUUUCCCGAUUGUGAACAUGGGGGCCCAUCCACUGUGGCAUGAUGUGUUGCUACAGUGACGUCCCAUUGCAGGCUAGAAUGCUUGAUUUCUGCCUGGAAGGGUGUUCUUUCCAUCUCCAAAGGCUCAGGUUUAAGUCAACGCCCAAGGAUUAUCAUCACAACCAACUUUGCUGUGUUCCAGGCAAAGGCCAGACCUUGUGCCCCAGACUGCUCCACUCCACUGCACAUUGGGUGUCAGGGAAGUGGUGUGGCUGAGCCACACACAGAGCUGCCAAACUGGGUUGGGACAACUCACCAGGCUGAGAAGUGGUAUGUGUAGAGCAGCAGGCAAAAACACAACUUGAAACUGCUGCAGACUGUGGUCUCAGUCAGCAUCUCCAAUUCUGGUGCUCCCUUUCCUCUCCUGCAGAGCUAGGGCAGUAAUUCGUCCUGUUUCACCUCCUGUUCCUGUAAGAUUUCUGUAAGAGAGUUUUGGAGCAAGGCCCAGUAACACAGGGACCUCCCCUGAUGAAUAAAUGCAUGUUGUAUGAGCAGUAACUUCUGAUUCCAGGAGCAGAGUGACUUUUUGCUGUUUUCCUGAGAGCCAAGCUCACCCUGCUACCCCAAGUCAGGCUGCAGGCAACGGUGGUUUUGAUGCAAAGGAGACCAAUGGGAGCUUGGUGUGUUGGAGCAUCCUUUGCCUGGUGGAACAGCCUGCAGCCCCCAGGCAGGGGCCAACAAUGGCGCCAGGCAGCUGCAGAGCAGAGCCACCUACUGCUGUCCCAGAUAGACUUUGACAGGUGCACAGCCAGCACAAGGCAAAAGGGGUAAGAGAGGGGGAGGGUAAACAGCUGGAAAUAACAGGAGAUUGCUUAGAAGUGGUCACAAUUUAAGCAGCAAAUUAACAGCCACAAAAAGCUGUGAUCCUUAGAAAGCUUUGCUAAUCCUUCUGCUAUCAUUAGCUUUUGGCUGAGAAGCUUGUUUACCAAAUCAGUUUUCCAGCUGGGAAGAUGCUGUGUUUUUCUCAUCUGCUCUCAUGCACACACCUGUUAUUAGCAGGGUGCUCCUGUAAGGUCUGAGUAUGUAAUAAAACUUGGCAUCAGGGCUGAAGCACAGGCAGUGCACCUCUAAACAGCCCCCAGUGAUCUUGUAGGAGAUUUCCAUCAUUUUGUGCAGAAUUUCAAUUCCUGUAGCCCUCCCCUGGGCAUCCCUUGGCUUCCCAUUCCAUGUUCUUGUCCUUCUUUGUUAUUGCUGUUAGUUGAACCUCAUCAAUAUCUUACAGCUCUUUGGUACUCGAGGCAUGACAGAGAAAGGCCGUGUCCCACCAAGAUCUGCCAUUAGCCAAGCCAGGAGAUGGGGAAGGAGAGGUAAACACAAAUACACGCAAAAGUGACAGAAGUGGGGGACACACAUGGACAAUGUCUCUCUCUACAGUCAUUUUACACCCAUGCACAUACACAUCCCCUGUCUACCAGCAUCACCCACCCCUGCUUUUCAGCUACCACAACUGUCACUCACAAUCCAUACGAAGGAACCAUGUACAUGUUGGGGAUGGACAAAGCUUGGAAAGAACAUGAGACCUGAGCCUUCUGCACCAUUACAAUUGCACAAUUCAAGCUGCCAGGAUUUGAAUCACAAUUAUAAGAGAAAUCCAAAGUACCCUGGUUUGCAUCCUUCUGCCUUGUCACCUUCUGAUUGGAAAUGGCGUCAGGAAAAUCAGACUCCUUUGAGCAUUUGUGAUCAACUGCUGCUCACAACAUUCAGAAGCAUCUGCAUGCACUUCUGCUACUGAAACGUGCUCGACAUCACCACAUGCAUAUGAUAAGAAAGCAAAGCCAGGCUCCUGCAGCACAGCAGUGAAGGGACCUGAGGCACUCAGCACUCAGUGCAGCAUCAUCCUGCACAGACAGAACAAAAGGUUCUAACAGUGUAUGCUUCAGUCCCAACUGAAUGACAUCAGCAACACACACAUACAUAAAGUGCUUUAUUGCAGUGUCAGAAUAAAGAAUUCUCUAUGAAAUUUUGUAGAAAUAAAUCUCAUAUAUAUUAUAUAUUAAAAAAAAA